UCUGUCUCUCAACAGACAGAAACAGUCGGUAUUGAGAAACUUAAUGCCUUGAGGAAUAGGGUGAAGUCAAUCAUUUCUAAUCUAAAUUUGCCCAAAAGCAAAGUUGCACCUUCGUCCAAGGAGAAUCUGGGUGUAUAUGAGAAGUUCAUUACUUCUAUUCUUAGUGUACGUGGAAGGGGAAAUUCUGGUCCCUCGGAGCAGCAUGGACAACGUUCUUCUGAUGUGAACUCUACCCGUCAAUUCAUGCAACUUCAUUCUCAAACUCCUCCAGUUCAGACACAGCAAGACGAAAAGAAGUCAACAUUUCAGUCAGUGAACUCACAGGAUUCUGCAACAACAAUGCAGCGGAGCAAUGCAACAAACUUGGUUAACGAUUCUAAGUCUGUAUCUGAGUGCCCAACCCUGCAGCCGACCGACACAUAUUCAGGAAAGAUAGGCUCAUUUAACAUAGUGCAGCAGGUUUCCUCAGGAACCUUAAAUAUUCCUAAAACCAAUCUCCAACAACCAAAUGUUAAGACCUUGUUGUCACAUAGCCCGGUGCAUGGACCACAGUCAAAUGUGAAUGCUUUUGAGUCAAGCUGUAAUACAUUUCAAGAGAUGCACCUGAAACAACCUAAAGAGGAGCGAGAUGUGCAGGCUCAGACCCUGAAGCAAGAACCUCAAGAUUGGCAUGAGAUGCUGCAGCAAUCAGUACAAAAGCAAAUUGUGCAACAGCAUAGCAGGCUGCUAAAGUUUCAAUCCGGAGCUUCAUUUCCUACUGCUUUGCCCAAAACUCAUGGUUCUUCCCAUUCACAAGUUCCUCGGUGUUCUACCAUUGACAAAGAAAAAUCUUCUGGUGCCUUUUACAGAAGCAAGAACCACUUUCUAUCCCAUAAACACACCCUCUACUAAAACUUGUUUGGUUCCCUUGCCUUCAUCGUCUGUCCCAGGAGAUUUUGAGAUGCCUAUGUCUGAUACUUCAUCCCUAUCGAAUGCUGGAACUAUUGGAGAUCAUAUGGUAGAUGGUGCACCAAAAUCCACAUCACCCAUUGCCAUCAGCACUCCUGGGAUAUCUGCUUCAUUCUUACUUGAAGAAUCCAGUAACGACAUUCAUUGUAAUACAUCUACAAUAAUGUCUGAUGAGUUGAGUGCUUCUAAGCAGCCUAUUCAGCGCUUAGUUAAAGUGGUGAACAUGAUGUCAUCUAAAGCACUAAGUGCUGCUAUUUUGGACAUUGGCUCUGUCGUUUGUACAACUGAUAGGUUAUCCUUAUGA